ACCCAAGGUAAGGUAAGCCUGACCGACCGGGAACUUUCACCGUACCGAAAUACAAACUCGAUUGGUUCGACAUCAUCCAAUCUCCCCUGAAUAUAAUUACCUAUCCCCGGACCCAAACCAUACAUUGAAAAUUGCCUAGAAAGAAAAAGGGUAAAAUACAAAUUAAUUAAGGCACACCGAAACAAAGACUUCCAACCAUGGCGUCCCUACGACCUUUCAAUCGCGUCGCGGAGCAAUUACGACUACGGACACGCAUCGCAUACCCAUACCCCUCUACAACCCCCACGACGUCCGGGUUCUUGAGCCGCAGAUGCAGCGCACGGUUCUACUCGAGCGAAGAGGCGCCGCCGCCGCCGCCGCCGCUGCUACAAAAGAUUAAAGGCGACCUGAAGACAGCGAUGCGCGCCAAAGACGCCCCCCGCCUAACCGCCAUCCGCUCCGUCCUCUCCGCCGUCCUCAACGCCUCCAAGACCGCAUCCCCCAUAACCACCGACGCGCAACUCGUCGCGCUCCUGCGCAAGUCCCAGCGCGCCUCCGACGACGCCGCCGCCGAGUUCCAAGCUGCCGGCCGCCAGGACCUAGUCGACAAGGAGCGCACCCAAGUCGCCAUUCUCGGCGAGUACGUCGCCGCAAGCGGAUUCCGAGAAACCUCCGAGGCCGAGCUGCGCGCCAUCGUCGCCGGCGUCCUUACCGCCAUGACUAGCGAGGCUGCCGCCUCCGUCCCGCCCACCGCCGAUACCCCUCCCUUCGGCGACGUCAUGAAGACCCUCCUGGCUCCCGCCGGGCCCCUUGACGGCAAGGACGUCGACAAAGCCCAGCUGGCCAAGAUCGUGAAGGAGCUGAGGGCCGCCAAUUGAUGCGCGCAAGUAGUCUAGCCCUCUCGGCACUAUAGGUAAGGGAAAAGGAAAAGAGAGGGGUAUGAGAUACGUGUAUAAAUGCCUGUACUAUAUAUACCUACAUGAUGAGGAAUACGGCUACGAUUGCAUUGCAUCAACCGGCGCAUGAAAUUUCGGCUGGGUUUAAAAUCACAUCUUCACUCAAUAAAACAUCUGCGAGCUUACCUCGCGGUUGGGUCCCCGCAUAAUGAUACUAUUAUGAUGUGAUAAUAAAUGC